CCGAGGCAGAGAUACUAGUCGUUUGGCAGCUCGCGCGACGGCUGGUCGUUUCAGCGUCGCUUCAGAGCGCGCUGACGGUUGGCGCCCGGUAACUUUGUCAUCGCGGUAAAUGUAACUUUUCCUGAAUAUGUGAUUCUAUUUUGUGGACAUUUUUAUUUAUUGCUGUUUCGGUGAAAUAUUUUCUUUUUUUUUUUAAACUUUCGCAGCAACUUUGAGAUUCACCAGUCGUUGACUGGGCUGGAUGUUAACGUGUGUUAUUUUCAAUCGUGAAGGAAAUUCUCGCCACCAUUCCUAAGUCGCGACCGAAAGCACCAAGAUGUACGCGCCAGCGGAAAGAUAAGAAAAAUUACAGAAAGGACAAGAGUCCCACAAUGUUUUCUCUCGCUGAAGGAUGUGGCUGCGUCAAUUUCCGCGGAGGUCGGCGACCUCGCUCCCAAGGAGACGACUCGUCGUCUUGCAGGAGCUCCGAGAUAGAACAAGAGGUUCCGAAGCGGCUUGGGAAGAGAGUUCUCAAUGGCGAAUGCACCAUCAAAGCUCUCGCUCCAUUUCUUAGAUUUUGGAGGCGAGAUGACGUCAGCAUGACUAAGGCGGAGAGAACGAUGAAGGCGGCUAUCUUGAUCCAGCAGUGGUACCGGCGAUACCUGGCGCGGAUGGAGGUGCGGAGGCGCUACACGUGGACAAUAUUCCAGAACAUUGAAUAUGCUGGGGAACAAGACCAAGUAAAGCUAUACAAUUUCUUCAACGCCUUGCUGAGUCACAUGAAGGACACCAGUGGGCGCCCCUCCUCCGAGCGAACUUCGAGGACUGCUUCCGUUUUGGAGCAAGUAUUUUCUGAGGAGUCGGACGAGGGCGGGGGCGUCGACGAGACAGCACCCCCGAAGCCUUCCCGCGGCCCCGAUAUUGAGUUCCCGCUGCAAAGAAAGGAUAUCGACCUACUGAUUGAGGCAUUUAGGAAGAAGAAGCACCGGCUUCAUCCGAAACACGUUGGGCAGAUAUUAAAAGAGGCCACUCAAGUGCUGAAAAGAAUGCCCAAUAUCAACGUGGCGACCACUUCUAUCUCCAGCCAGAUAACAGUGUGCGGUGACUUGCAUGGGAAACUCGACGACCUGCUGGUUAUAUUCCACAAGAAUGGUCUGCCGUCUCCUGAGAAUCCAUACAUAUUCAAUGGGGACUUCGUGGAUCGAGGCAAGAAGGGGUUGGAGGUAUUCCUCCUCCUGCUGUCGUGCAUGCUGGCCUUCCCCGGAGGAGUGUUCUUGAACCGCGGCAACCAUGAGGAUCUCAUUAUGAAUUCUAGGUACGGCUUCAUAAAAGAAGUCCAGCAGAAGUAUCGGCACAAUUCAGAGCGGUUGCUGAAGCUGAUUGAAGGAGUAUAUCGUUGGCUUCCACUGGGCACCAUCAUCAACAAUCGAGUGUUCGUAGUUCAUGGCGGGAUAUCUGACACAACCGAUCUCGACAUGAUACGAAGCCUCGAACGAGAUAAGUACGUGUCUCUACUUCGGCCACCAGUGACCGAGGGCUCGGCGACGGCCGGUGAAACUAUAGACAAAGUGGAGUGGAAGCAGGUAUUUGACAUCUUAUGGUCGGAUCCACAAUGCACAGGCGGUUGUGUAGCGAAUGCUCUUCGCGGUGCUGGCACAUACUUCGGUCCAGACGUUACGGCCAAUUUCCUGCAGAAGAACAAACUAAGUUUCCUCAUCAGAAGCCAUGAGUGCAAGCCUGGUGGAUACGAGCUACUACAUAAUGGGAACGUGAUAACAAUCUUCUCUGCAUCGAACUACUAUGAGUUGGGGUCUAACAAGGGGGCUUACCUGAAGCUGUGUGGCAACUCUUUGGAACGCCAGUUCGUGCAGUACACGGCCGCUGUGUCCCGCACCCGCCGCCUCACCUUUCGUCAGCGAGUGGGCCUGGUCGAGUCCUCCGCCAUGAGGGAACUACACAACCAGAUCAUGUUGGUCCGAAGGUCUUUAGAGGCAACCUUCCGCAGCUUGGAUCUUGAUCAAAGUGGUUACAUAUCGAUUAGUGAUUGGUGCCAAGCGAUGGAAGAAACCACGCAUUUGGGGCUUCCCUGGAGAAUGCUAAAGGACAAGCUGGUGCGCACCGACCCCGACACGCGCCGCGUGCGGUACAUGGACACCUUCGACUUGAAUACCAGCAAAAUUGGUCGUAAAACUGACUCCUCCAAUGUCGUCGAAACUCUAUACAAAAAUAAAAGCAGUCUGGAAGCCAUUUUCAAAAUAUUGGACAAAGAUAAUUCAGGCUUUAUUACACUUGAGGAAUUCUCCGAGGCCUGUCAGCUAAUUGGUAAGUACAUGCCGAAUCCUAUGACGCAAGAGCAGUUGGUCGAUAUCUGUCGUCUGAUGGACAUCAACAAAGACGGUUUGGUCGACUUGAACGAGUUUCUGGAGAGCUUCCGUCUAGCUGAAAGGAGUUUGCAAUACGAAGACAACGAGCUGACGGAGAUACAAGCCACCUGACAGGAACUUGACCGUCGCCCGAGCAGGACGGCGGUCGAUAAAGAUGAGACAGGUGUUCAAAUAGAGAUUCUUAAACUGGAAGAUGAUGAUAAGAGUAAAGCUGUAAAGAGUAAUAAAAACGGGCAAGCGCACCUGAUGGGCGACCGCGUGUCCGCGCCGCGCCUCGACGACAUCGAGCUCAUCGACUGCGACGAGCCGCGCCCGCGCCGCCCCGGCCUGCUCGAGAGCGACAUCUAACACUCCCUCGUACAUUGCACUGCCCGCAGCUCUUGCGGGAACAUCCAUGAUCACCGACAUUUUCCUCACUCCUUGUCUACUCCACUACUUUCAUUCAUUUUAUUUGUUUUUGUCUAAUGUUUGAUGUUAAUAUUCGAUUGUAUUCGGAAUUAUGACUAAACUCUUUUGUACGUAUGCUGAUUUAGGAUUAAUUGUGAAUUAAAUCAUGACAUGCUAUGAUAUUUGUACCGAAGAAAAUUGUUUUAGUUAUCAAAUUAAGUUAAUUACAUACAUACAUUUGUAUUUUUUUAAUGUUACCAAAUCUAUUAAGAGUAGGUACGUAUAUACUUUAAUUUCUUAUUUAUUGAGUCUUAUGAAUUAUAUUAUAUUUAUAAAUUGGUGCCAAUGUAAAACACGUGACAUAUAAAGUUUUGUACGUUAACCGAAAUAAUCGGCAAUUUCACGAACAACAAUACUUAUAAUUAGGUGCAUUGUGAAGGUUUCAUGAUGCGAUCAAUUAACGAAGGGGAACAAUGAUACCGAUGACUCUACAACUUUUUAUUGGUGUAUUCGCAGUAGCCACAAUUACUAAUGAAUAUCUUAUUAUGUGUAGCGUAGUCACGUGCUAUUUUCUAAUUAUCGCCUAUCAAUAUUAGAUUGGAAUUUAAAUCUUAUUAAAAUAAAGUUCCUUAUUAUUAUAAAUUUCUUCUUAUAUAGGGCUACGUAUAGAUAAAAUAAUAAUAUCUAUAUUUUGUUACUAAAAUUGCAAUUAUAAAAUAAUCUGUCUUAGCGUGUUUCUAGUCAUUAGUAGAGCGAUUUCGUAUACAUAUCUUUAUACUCAAUUAUUAAGCAUUCCAAUCUAUCUUUACCAGAAAUGACGCAUUACAUUGUUGAAUAUCGAAUGUACUGUAUAACGUAGUCGGAGUGUAUCUGUUCGGCAUUAGUCUGACGAGUCUCGUGAUUUCAGCGCGCUGCAGUAGGCAGGCCUCGUAUUUACUAAUCGAAUCUAAACUUUAUUAUAAUCACUAUAUAUUUUAUUACAUAUUAUAACUCGUGUCGUUGACUUAUAGAGAUUUAUAAAAGCGCCAUAUUAAAGGUGCCUACUGACUCGUAACAUUUUUGAUUUAUAUUCCGCGUGGCAGCUGAAUGUAUUUCCAGCCGUGCUAUUUUCACUAUGUCAGCAGUCAGUUAUUAUUAUGAAGUUGUUCGAGCUCACGAUUUAAUCAAAAUAAACAAGUCAGUAUGCGCUUUAGUCAAAAUAUAUUAAAUUAAGUAUAUCGCUAUCGGAAUUUACGAACUUCUAAAAACUUAUUUUAUAUCUUAUAAUAAAAAUAAAUUAAAAAAAUAUUUACGAAAAUAUUAUAUAGCUAAUAUUCUGUAUUUUUAAUAAUUGUCCAUUAAAUUGUGAUAUUGCAA